UCUCUCGACCUCCAAACCAAUACCACCCCAUCAACUAGAACUAUGGUCUUCACCGUUAUCGUCAACCUGUACGCUAAGGACGGCGUCGAGGACCAGCUGCGCGCCAAGCUGGCCGAAGCCGCCCAGCUUAAUGCCAAGGACCCCAGCGUCCUCGGAUGGCACCCCAUGCAGAGCGCCAGCGACCCACGCAAAUGGACCAUCGUCGAGCGUUACGAUCAGGAGAGCAACGCGGCGAGGCGCCGUGAUAACGCGGACAUGAAGGCGUUCGCGGAGACCAUGUUUGCGUUGCUGGAGAAUGGCAAAGAGAGCCUGGAGCCGCACCCGUUUAACGAGCUGUAGACGACUGCACCGUGCGGACUUCAAGCGCGUGCAAAGAUCUCCCACGCCGACAUCAGUGUUUUAGGACGAACUUCUGGUCGUUUUUGAUUACCCUGACGCUAUGCAUCCCC